GCGCAAACUAUGACUCCCUCCAUGCGGCUCUCGUCCACUCUGGCAUCACCUUCAACGACUCGGUGGCACAGAAGGAGAAUGAGGAGGCAGUGGACGACCCUGCAGGACAGCCGGGAAACCAGAAUGUGAAUCUUACUGUCAUGCAGAAUGCACAGCCGCAUUAUCCAGUUGUGCCAAACCAGCCAGCGCUGCCCCAGGAACAGAGCGCACCCCACAAGAAGAAGAAGCAGACCACCCUCAAGGAGCACAUGAAGAAGAUCGUCAUGAAGUGCGAAUGGAACAUGUGCCACAGCGUCUUCUACAAGAUGGAGCCGUUUGUGGCUCACGUUGCAGAACAUUGCACCUGUACAAAGGAUCAUCUGACGGGUGACGGUUAUGUGUGUUACUGGCGGGAGUGCGGCUUUGCGUGUCCAACCACCGAGGAGCUGGACCGUCACAUCUUCUUCCAUGCCUUUCACACAAAGAUCAAAAGUUUAGGGACUGUCGUUCUGAAGGAAAAGAAUUACCAUUGUUCUCUAGACUCCUCAGGAUGCAACAUGAUCCCAGAGAUUCCAGAGCCCUUCCAGUGCAUGUGGGAAGAUUGCAAGGUGUCCUUCGCCUCGGCACAAAAUUUCUACUGGCACGUCCAGAGCCACGUUGUGUGCUCCGACCCCAAUACAGACAAAGUGUACAAGUGUUUCUGGGAAGGUUGUUCGACGGUGUUCACCCAGAAGAUAAAGCUCAGAGACCACAUGAGAAGCCACACUCAGGAGAAGCUGGUGGGAUGCCCCAACUGCGGCAUGAUAUAUUCCUGCAACACCAAACUAUACGAUCAUUGCAGUCAGCAAAUUCCCUUUGAUAUGUUACACUACAAGUGCUCUCACUGCUCAAGAAAGUUUGGAACCGAGAGACUGCUUAGAGAUCACCUCCGGCAUCACAUUAACCUCUUCAAGUGUUCUGAGUGCGACAUGACCACCCCUUCCAAAUCAACCCUUGCAACUCAUUUCCGCUUCAGACACUCCAAAGAGAAGCCGCAUAAGUGUCCUCAGUGUGGCCGCGGGUUCAAACACACAUAUGACUUGGGUCGCCACAUGACCACACACUCUGACGAACCAGCGUAUGUGUGCCCGUAUGAAGAAUGUGAUUUUGCUGCAAAGGCAGUGACCACCUUAAUGAGACAUGUUAAAAGGAAACAUAAUGGAAUGAUGGAGAAGCCAUACCUGUGUCACAUAUGCAACACAAAGUAUGAUGUAGGAUACCGCCUCUCCAAACACCUUAUGCAAGUUCACAAUUUUCAUUGUCCAUCUGGGCAUAGUAGAUUCAGGUACAUCCAAGAUGAAGAUGGCUACUACCGCCUCCAAACAGUCCGCUAUGAGAGUAUAGAACUAACGCAAGUAAUGGCAAAUGAAUUGGGGGAAGAGAAUCUGAACGAGCAAGCUGCAGAUUCGCCGCAGGUUGUGAACUCCCCUGCGACAACAGUCUCAGCUUGCGAGGGAGAGAGUAGCCCCAGCGGGGAGCAUGGAGGGGUUCCUCUUACACCCAGGUCGUUCAAUGAAGUGCAGGAGAAUUCAAAGGAACUUCAAAAGCGCAUCAAUCUCAAGCCACCGAGCAUAGACAAGCAGAUGGCAAACGAAGACAUCAUCUUACCCUUAGAGUACUCUGGGCACUCUUAAUAACAAGCAGAGGAGCCUUAUAUCAGUACAUUCCUUUGUUUCUGCAGUCACACAUUUGAGGCCAAAAAUGUGAAAGGAAGUCUGGGGGGCUACCAGUGAAAAAAUUGUUUAUCAGAUUGUGCUUGAGAAACAUUGUAUGAAAUGACAAGUAUUAUUGUUGUACUUGCAAUGUUAUUUUGAAUUUUGUUACUCAGUUUUUGUUGUUAUGUCACUGUAUCUUUUCAGCUAUUUUUUUUUUUUUUUUUUUUUUUUUAAGAAAGGCCAAUUUAAAAAUAUAUACAAAAUUUUAGUUUUAUAGGCUAAUAUAUCUGGUUUUAGUGUCCUGAAAGAAAAUAUCUUUUAUAUUUAGGCUUUUAUUCAGUGAUGUGACAAGCACUUAUUUGUCCUUUUAUUUUUUUUCUGUUUUAAUAUUUAAAACAGAAAAUCCUCCCAUUCACCAACAAAGUAGAUUCAUUUACAAAUACAGUGAGGUUCAUAUGAGAAUUUUAAAAGCUCAUUACAAAAACUAACUUUACAUGGCUGGAAUUUUCAUGCAUGAAAAUUAGACAAGAAAAAUGCUGUGUCAUUUGUUUGGAAAAUAAUGUAAAUCCAACGUGAUGCCAAUUACAAACACGAGAGCAAAAUAAACUUGUUUACUUUAGCAAACUAGACACCCAUUACAAAGCAGAUGCUUCUGUAUGUGAAAGACAUUGUGAGAGAAUUUAGUAAAUUUGAAAUAAAGUGUGAAAGUAAUUAGCAAAAGGAUUUUUUCCUUGCUUUGAUAUUCAGGACUAAUAUCUAGAACAAGAGUUUUACUUUAAGCAAAAGUUGCAGUUUCAUAUAUUUGUAAUUAUUUGUCAGGUCAGGUAAUUGUUUCCCCAGCUAAUGUGAUAUUAGUGAAGUAGUACAUGAUAUGUCACUGCUUGCAAAAUAAAGCAAAAUGUGAA